AUGGAUAUUUCAAGAAAAGCAUAAUUUACUGUUUUUAAGAAAAAAGGAGCAAGCAUGUAGACAAUUGAAUCUACCGAACCUACAUUCAAGAAAUAAAUUUCUCCAUAACAUACUCAUCGUUUCUUUCAAUCGACUCAAUCGUCUAAAAGUAAUAAAGAAAUCUAUUAUAGCCAUGGUUAUGAACAUGGAUAAAGAAAAAUAAAGAAUCAAAUAAUUGCUUGAAGAAAAUGUAAAGUUGUUAGAGCAAUGCUCUGAGAAGGAUUUGUAAAUUGGAAGAUUGAAAGCAAAAAUGCAGAGAAACUUAGAUUUGAGAACCUAAAGAGUCUAAACUCUCAAUGCUUUGAAACCAAAUGAAAAAAAGAACUAUUACUUCGAGAACUAAAAACCCUAAAAUAUUUCAGACUUACAAUAAAAUGAUGAUAAACAACUUUUCACAUUUUACAGUCCAGAACAAAAAUAAAUUUCAUAAACAUUCAAACUCCCUAAAGUUUUCAGAGCAUUUCCUAAGCAAAAUAGAUAUUAUAUCUGA